CUUUGAGAACGCCAGGCUUGGAUGUUCACGACCUUCGAGGCUGCCUCUUCAGCGUCCUGGCCUGCCCGAAUGGGCGACAGGGCGAGCGCUGCUUCGUGCCCUUGCUGCACGCACGACCUUGCUUGAAGCAUGAGGCGCUUAAGAAGACCAACGUCACACCUCCACGCCAGGUUCUUGCCUCAAUCAACCCUCAAGCUCAAGCAGAGACUCGACGACCAGACCGAGACGAUCCCGGCCAACGCGACCCCGAAUCAUCGACUGACACACCCCUCAUCGACACGCGCUGCACCGCCAUCAAACUCUUUCGACUGACCCCGCAGCAUGCGUCUCUCCGUCUUCACGUUGCUUGCUGUCGCUGUCGCAGCAAGCACUGUCCAGGCUGCCGCUCCGAACGCCCAAGAUGCCAAGCUCGGCUCCCUGAACGCCGACGCCAAGACAGCCGACUACUCCGGCGUGCCUGAUCUGAGCGUCGAGGUCGAGCGAGACGUGGCCGAACUCGACGGAGAGGAGCGCACCAUCGGCACGCAGCCGGCCUUCCUGCUCCAUGCACACCUGCUGCGCAACUCGCAGUCGCCCGAGGAGCUGGAGCGGGUGCGCGCCCUGGGCCUCCGUCUGCUCUCGCAGGGCGUGUCGCUCGACAAGAUCACCGGCGGCGAUGAGCAGCUCAAGACGCUCCUCUCGGAGGACUACGGCCUGGUCAAGGUGACUGCCUCAUCGCCGCAUUCCUCCGUCAAGGGCAUCAACGCCAACGCACACAGCCGUAGCCUGCAGCGCCGUCGCGCGGCCCGUCGCGACCUCGAAAUCGAGGCGGAGACGUCCGAGAUCAGCACCCCCGACGAGAAGCUCCUCGACGAGGACGAGGAUGAGGAGGACUACGAGCCGGACAACGCGCCGCAAGAGGCCAAGGAGCGCAAGACGGAGCGCAGCAGCGACGCGCACCCCGACGACGACGAGGACGGCGAGGUCGCAAACGCCGAGGUCCAGAUUGGCCGCGAGGUCUGAACCCCUGACAUCCGAGACACACUACCCUGUCACCUUUUCUGCUCACUCUGCUCAGACGCGCGGCGAUGUGGAAACAAGC